GCUUGCCGAAGUUAGAUCUCGCGCGAUUUUGGCUCGGGUUGACAUUGCACGCAGGAAAAUGGCGCCGAAGUAUCCUUACGAAUUGGAUGUGUUUACAGUGCCGCACAGCAGGAUGAAGGCACUGGUACAGCAAUACUGCGAAAUGUUGACCCUGACCAAUUUCUCCAGUGCUUGCGAAGUGAUGCAGCUACUGAAACAGUUGGGAACGACAUUCAACGAAUUUAAAGAGCACGAAACCAUUGAAAACAAAUACAUAAUGCAGAAACUGCAGCACAAGUUGCAGCAGUUGUCGAUUACCAACAAUGUUGUGUGCAACUGCCACAAAGACUAUAAACUCUCUCAAAUGCUUCAACUCCUUGAAGACGGACUUUCCAAAUGUUCCAAGACGGACCAAGAUCGGCUCAACUAUGGCCUUAAACUGCGCAUGGCGCUGGAUGAUUUUACCAAAGACUUCAUUCCCCAUAUGCAAGAAGAAGAAGAGAUUCUGCAGCCGUUACUGGUUGAGCAUUUCUCUUAUGAAGAAUUGAAAGAAAUCCAAACGCAAGUCAUUGAUCACCAUACCCACUUACAAGAACAUAAAGUCUAUGUUGCAGAAUUAUACCAAAGCCUUCUUCAUGAUAACUUCUAUGGUGAUACUGAAUCUAAAAUGGAGGAAACGGAAGAGAAGGAAGAAAAAGAGAUAUGUGACAAAAAAGAGACCCUGGUUCCAGUCGAGAGUCAACUGCCUGACGAAGUUUGGCUUCAGAUUUUCUCUUUCCUGAAUCCGCUUGAGCUCAUGUACUGUUCUAAGAUGUCUGUAAACUGGAAUCGGCUUACCAUGGACCCGUCCCUUUGGACGGUAAUGAAUCCAACCUAUUGGGCGAGAGGUUUCUGGACAUUCAAAAGUAAUGAUAAUUUGUUGGAAGAAGUGACCCUGUCCGGUGUCUGCCCUCGAACUGCCAUCCAGUUUGAUGAAGAUGCUGAUAUUGAUGAGUCUGCCAAUGCCUCUAGCAAGUAUUUCACUGAAAGAAAAUUCAUUGCAUCUUUGAGUGAGAGUCCUUUUUUGGAACGGAUUGGUCAUGGAGUUCAGAAACUUGACCUAGCUUAUUGUCAUGGAGUCACUGAUGAUGUGCUUCGAGAAUUUUUGUCCUUUUGUCCUAACUUAGAGUUCCUAGAUAUUUCUCAAACAAAAAUCUCUGAUAAAGCAUUCAAAAGUCUUGGUGAAAAUGGCUGUGGCUAUAAACUACAACACCUAGAUUUUACUGGUUGUAUUAAUAUCACUGAUAAGACUCUGAAAAAAAUCUCACUGGUUGUAGGAAAUCCAGUAUUUAACUCUAAAUCGUUCCCCAUUUUGAAGCUGAAAACGUCUUCAGAAAUCGAAUCUUGUCCAUUCGUGUCAUCGCAGUGUGGCAUGCAAAAUAAAAACUGCUCAGAACUACGGCCAUUUAACAUCGGUGAUGACCUGUUGCCGGAUUGCUGCAUCGGCUGCAACAUCCCGACGGUUUCUUGUCCCUUGAAUGCAAAUAAAUAUGAAAACGUUGUCAUGAACAACAGAGACAAUUUACGACAGACUUUAAGGACUUCAAAUUCGCUGAAGAAACUUCAUAAUGAAUUUAUGUCGUUUAGUGACUUUUUGACUUGUGAUCGGACACUGACUAAAAUCAAACCACAAUCUUGUCAGGAGCAAAGCAGAGGACUUACGUAUCUAAAUCUAUCUGGUUGUUUCCAUAUCACCAAUGAAGGUCUCAGAGCUCUUUCCAUUUAUGGAAAAUUAUCGAAUUUAACCUACCUUGAUCUUUCCGGCUGUCUGCAAGUCAGCGGUGAUGUGCUUGAAAAAUUGGUGGAAUCUUGUCCAAAGCUACAGCAUGAAAAUCUCUUCUACUGUGAUAAUAUUAGCAAUGAUCCUUAUGAAUACACAGCCAGUGGAUGUCAGAAUCUACAGUGUAGCAACAGAGUUUGCUGCCGGAAUGGAGAAUAAGCUCAAAAUUAUUUGAUGAGCAGAUUCAUCCUGUCUUGGCAACUUGUUAUGAUCAACCAACAGAUUUUCUUGUCUUCUAUUGUUAAAGUCUUAAUUAUUUUCUCAACAGUUCUGGGUAAAUUUUAUUCUAGCCUAAUAGUAUCCCAAUUUCUAAAACUGAUUAUUAACUUAAACUUGCUGAGUAAUUUUAGAGUUUCAUUCUUCCUUCUCAUUAAAUUCUGCAGUUAUUAUUAUUAUUUUUUAUUUUUUUAUUUUUAUUCUUUUGCAAUCGGUGAACAAAGGCAUCAUUUGUUCACCGAAAUUAUCAUCGGUGAGAGUGACAAGGGAGUGUCUGUAUCUCAGUGUAGAACAAACACCACAAGGGAUUUCAUUUGUAGAGCGCUAGUUUUUGGGUUUUUUUCCUUGUUGAUGUUUACAUUUUUUGCUAAUGUUUAUUGCCAACGCACACACAAUGAAUUUCCGUGCAGUUCUGUCUACCAGUUUCCACUCAGAAGAUAUCAGUCAACUCAAAGUUAUGGUAGAAGAUACUUACCUAAUGUUUCUGCGCCGUAAGUUCAAACCCCAAACACUGCAGUUGCAGAACAAACUCUCUUUACCUCCACAAUCAAGCAUGCUUACGUCCCUAAUUUAAAUUUCACAUUUUCAUUGAAGCCCGUCUCAUCAACCACUUGCAUUCCAAGUUACGAUCCCUCCUCACCUUUCAUUUCAUCUCUCUGCCGACAUAAUUUUAUAUUAUUUCCAUCAAAACAUUCUCCUGCUUUGCAAAGUUCAUGCUGUUGAUGAUGCUUUCAAUUUUUUUUUUCCGUUACUUUCCAUGAAACUUAGUCACCAAAAGAACUCAGUGUUAAUGACAAUUCCUAAUGAAGUCACCCUAUCAACCAGUCUGUCGGAUGUUUUCAUACCCCACUGGUCACAGUGCUCUUCCUUGCAUUGUUGUAGCUUUCAGAUGAUGCCACCACCCUACCUGCUAAGCAGGCCAACGGGCAGCCAGGCCGAAUUUCCUCCGAACGGGACACCAGUCCUUACAGCUGAGUGCAACCGGAGCAAUUUGGAAGUGUUUUGCUCAGAAACACAACAAAACACUAACCAGGUUGGGGAUUGAAACCGCUAUCUUGUGAUCAUGACUACAGCACCUUCUACCUGCUAAGUGGGCCAACGGGCAACCAGGCCAAAAUUCCCUCCGAAUGGGACACCAGCCCUUACAGCUGAGUGCAAAUGAAAUGUUUUGCUCAGAAAUACAA